CACAGAUGCCAUGCCCUUGGGCAACAAGGAAAGCCGCAGUUAAAUCAGACCCCAAAAACCCGAAAGGCUAAAACACAGUUUACACCCUCUGUUGUGCCGAUUUCGAUAAUAUCCAGAAAAUAUGGGCAGGAAGUUCUUCGUCGGCGGCAACUGGAAAUGCAACGGAACCUUCGAUGAGGUGAAGAAGAUCGUGAACAUACUCAAUGAGGGGCAAGUUCCAUCGCAAGAUGUUGUGGAGGUUGUGGUUAGCCCUCCGUAUGUGUUUCUUCCGGUGGUGAAGGGUUCAUUGAGGCCCGAAUUCCAUGUCGCUGCACAGAACUGCUGGGUCAAGAAGGGUGGUGCCUUCACUGGUGAAGUUAGUGCUGAGAUGCUAGUCAAUCUCGAGGUUCCAUGGGUCAUUCUUGGUCAUUCGGAAAGAAGACUGAUUUUGGGUGAAUCCAAUGAGUUUGUUGCGGAUAAGGUUGCAUACGCACUUUCUCAAGGUUUGAAGGUGAUAGCCUGUGUCGGUGAGACCCUUGAGCAGCGAGAAGCUGGCACAACCGUGGAGGUUGUUGCCGCACAAACCAAGGCAAUUGCAGAGAAAGUGAAAGAUUGGACUAAUAUUGUUUUGGCGUAUGAGCCUGUGUGGGCCAUUGGAACUGGGAAAGUUGCAUCUCCAGCUCAGGCUCAGGAAGUGCAUUUUGAAUUGAGGAAAUGGCUUCAAGCAAACGUCAGUUCUGAAGUUGCUGCAUCAACGCGCAUUAUUUAUGGAGGGUCUGUGAAUGGUGCAAACAGCAAAGAGCUGGCUGGUCAGCCUGAUAUUGACGGAUUUUUGGUUGGUGGAGCUUCUCUAAAGCCUGAGUUCAUCGACAUCAUCAAGUCAGCGGAGGUGAAGAAGAGUGCCUAAAGACUGAAGAGUUGGACCUGAUGAGAGUAGUGUGACUGUUAGGUCUCUUGUCUAGGAAGAGUUGGACCUGAUGAGAGUAGUGUGACUGUUAUAUCUCUUGUCUGGGAGGUAGCGAAUCUUUUCCGUACAAUUUUACAGAUUCUCGUUUGAGGAAAUAAUUAUGCUCUUUUUUGUUCAGCAGAAUCAGCACCUAGAUAUGGGUUUUUUCCUGUAUUAAUAAAUAUUCUCACUGUUAAUGCUUUUAAUUCAAGUUUUUUCGCUCUCAA